AUGCGAAGCUCAGAGAGCUUCGAAGCCGAGCUCCGCGCGCUGGCCGCCAAAGCCCAGACCGAGACCUGGUCCAACUGGCUCACCACCCAAUGCCGCAUCUACCUCAAGACGGCCACUCUCCUCACCCUCAUCGCCGUGUACUCGACCGUCUCCCAACUGGCCCUCUCCCCGGUCUACGGCUCCAUCCCGUCCGCCAAAUGGCACGCCAAGCUGCUCAUGGCCGCCUGCUUCACCGGCUGGUCGUCCAACCUCUUCCUGAACCGCGCCCUGCCGGUGCGGCCCGAGUACCUCCUCCCCGUGAUCGCCCUGUGGAUCCCCACCGUGCAGUUCCUGCUCACCCCGGCCAGUGGGACCCUCACGGCCGCUUGGGGCCCGCUGGUCACCGAGGCCGUCACCCUGUUCCCGCUGGUGGGCGUGUCGACCGCGUGCGUGGCUACGUAUCUGGACGGGGCCGAUCUGUCGGCGCUGCCGGGGUGGGUGGCUGAUGCUGCGCCUGGGUUGGGAGCGUAUGGGUUUUUUAAGGGUGCCGAGACGGUGCUGGGUGGGUUGGUGGAGGGACUGGUUGGAAAGUCGGUGCUGAACACUAGACUCGGGAUGGAGUUGGUUCUGGGGGCGGCGUAUGCGCUGGUUGCGCCGUCCAAGUUGUUGCUUUUGGCUGUGCCGGCGCUGCUGCACACGGCGGUCCUGAACACGAAUGUCCCGACGCCGAUGGCCCUUGCUAGGCUGAACAGUGGCCUUGCGGAUGUGGGAUAUGUGGUUCUGGACAGGGCUGAGUCUAACACGGGCUAUAUCUCGGUUAUUGAUAGUCCCAAGGAGGGAUACCGCGUCUUGAGGUGCGACCACAGCUUGCUGGGUGGUGAGUGGGUCAAGUUUUUGGGCCAGGGUCAGUUCAAAGGGAACCAGGUGGCUGAGCCUAUCUACGGCGUGUUUGCCAUGCUUGAGGCCGCUAGGCUGGUCAAGACACCGGAGCCGAUUAUCGACAGCGAGGCCAAUGCCCUUGUAAUUGGUCUUGGUAUUGGCACCACGCCGGCCGCCCUUGUGGCCCACGGCAUCGACACCACUGUGGUCGAACUCGACCCGAUGGUUCACAAGUUUGCCGCCCAGUACUUCCAACUUCCUCGCAAUCACACCGCUGUCAUCGAAGACGCGGUCACCUACACCUCGCGGGUGGCCGCGGACGAGAGCGAAGCCCGCUACGACUACAUCAUCCACGAUGUUUUUACUGGUGGCGCCGAGCCCAUCGCGCUCUUCACCCUCGAGUUCUUGCAGAACCUCCACACGCUGCUCAAGCCGAACGGCGUGGUCGCUAUUAACUACGCCGGCGACUUUGCCCUCCCCCCUCCACGCAUCGUCGUCAACACUAUCAACGCCGUCUUCCCGGCCUGCCGCAUCUUCCGCGAGCACCCGCGCGACGACGCCGACUUUGCCGAGUCUGGGCGCGACUUCACCAACAUGGUCAUCUUCUGCACCAAGCAGGCCGACAACGCGAUCGCCUUCCGCACCCCCAGCGAGCGCGACAUGCUCAACAGCCCCUCGCGCCGCGCCUUUUUGCUGCCGCAGCAUGAGGUGAAGGAGUCGGAUUUCUUGGUCACGGGUGAGGAGGCCAAGGGUCUGCUGAGGAAGAAUGAGACGGAGAGUCUGGCUAAGUGGCAUGAGGUCAGUGCGGCGGGGCAUUGGACCGUUAUGAGGACCGUGAUUCCGCCGGCGGUGUGGGAGGCGUGGUGA